AUGGGAUCUUUACUUUUUGUAUUGCCUUGUUUUUCCAUUCACUUGUUUUUAUUGCUUCUUACUCUUUUUAUUUCCAAAUCCUUCUCACUAUGUAACCCUCAUGAGAGCUCUGCAUUGUUACAAUUCAAGAACUCUUUUUCUCUCAACGCUUCAUCUAAACCCGAUUAUCCUUGGUUUACUAGUAUUUCCUCUUUUUCUGAAUCUUGGAAAAAUAAUACAGACUGUUGCGAGUGGGAUGGUGUCACGUGCGACGACGUGUCCGACUAUGUCAUUGGUGUGGACCUUAGUUGCAAUAAUCUGAAAGGUGAAUUACAUCCCAACAGCACUAUCUUUCAACUUACGCAUCUUCAACAGCUCAACUUGGCUUUUAAUGAUUUUUCUUGGUCAACACUCCAUGAUGGCAUUGGUGAUCUAGUGAGUCUCACACAUCUAAAUCUAUCAUAUUGUGACCUCACAGGUAAUAUUCCUUCAACAAUUUCUCAUUUGUCAAAAUUAGUAUCAUUUGAUCUUAGUAGUUACACUUCUAAGUUGAAAUUCAAUCCAUUCACAUGGAAGAAACUCAUUCUUAAUGCUACUAAUUUAAGAGAGCUUAAUUUAGAUCGUGUCGAUAUGAGUUCAAUAGAAGGUAGCUCUUUGUCUAUCCUAAAGAACUUGUCAUCCUCAUUGGUUUCUCUUAGUCUAAGUGACACUGGGUUGCAAGGAUAUUUGUCAAGUGAAAUUCCUUAUUUCAUAGAUCAGUUGAAGUCUCUUACUUUUUUAGACUUAUCAUGGAACAUUUUUAAUGGAAUGCUUCCUCCAUCUUUGUGGAACCUCACUCAACUUACAUACUUGAACCUUGCUGGAAAUAAUUUUGAGGGUCAGAUCCCAUCAUUACUUUCAACACUUACAAACCUCACUUUCUUACAUCUUGGAUUUAAUAAAUUUAGCGGCAACAUUCCAAAUGUUUUUGAAAAUUUAAUCAAAUUAGAGUAUUUAUCACUUUCUGGUAAUAAACUAGUUGGCCCAAUUCCAAGUGAAAUAAAAAAAAAAUCAAAAUUGAGCAUUGUUUAUUUAAGACAUAACAUGUUAAAUGGAACAAUUCCACAUUGGUGUUAUUAUUUGCCUUCUUUGUUAGAAUUGAGCGUCAACGACAACCAGCUCACAGGAUUCAUUGGUGACUUCUCAACUCAUUCAUUAGAAUAUUUGGAUCUCUCUAAUAACAACUUCCAUGGUCAUUUUCCAAAUUCAAUAUUUAAACUCCAAAAUCUUACUAUCUUAAAUUUGUCAUCAACAAACUUGAGUGGUGUUGUGCAUUUUCACCAAUUUUUAACAUUUAAAAAUCUAGAAUUCCUCAAUCUUUCGCACAAUAGUGCUCUUUCUAUCAACAUUGAUAGCAAAGCUAAAACCCUCCCACCUCACUUUCAAUAUUUAUCGUCAACUAACAGUAAUCGUUUUCCUAAAUUCCUAGCACCACUACCAAAUUUAGAAGUAUUAGAUCUCUCUAAUAGCAACAUUCAUGGGAAAAUUUCCAAAUGGUUUCAAAGUCAUCUCUUAAGCUCGUUGAAGAAAAUUGAACUCAUUGAUCUUAGUUUCAACAAGUUGCAAGGAGAUAUUCCAGUUCCUCCAAAUGGCAUUCAAUACCUUUUACUCUCAAAUAACAAUUUCACAGGAGACAUUCCUUUGUCAUUGUGCAAUGCAAGUUCAUUGGAGGUGCUCAAUUUAGCUCACAACAAUUUAACAGGGACAGUACCACAAUGUUUGGGAACAUUUCCUUUUCUUUCUGUAUUGGAUAUGCAAAUGAACAAUUUCAAUGGAAGCAUGCCUAGAACCUUUUCCAAAGAAAAUAGUUUUGAGACAAUAAAGUUGAAUGGCAACCAAUUGGAAGGACCAGUACCGCGCUCUUUGGCUCGCUGCUCAAAUCUUGAAAUUUUAGACCUUGGAGAUAACAACAUAGAAGAUGCAUUUCCAAAUUGGCUUGAAACUCUACAAGAGUUACGAGUACUCCGUCUCCGAUCAAAAUAA